AUGGGCGACGAGUGGAUCGAUAAUUUGAUGGUAGAUCAUCCACGAGCCAUGCGUUUGGGGCAGGUACAAGUAGAGGAGGAACGCCGCUUUGGCGACCCAAUAGAAUGGGAAAUACGACAUGAUGCCCAUCGCGAAGAAAUCGAUAAUCGAGAAGGCGCCAAACACCGUCCAGUAGAUCAGCCAGACAGUGUCGUCGUCGGUUCCCACGGUUCGGAUGGCCUGGAAACAAAAGGGAAUUGGGUUAGCAUCGUGAGCUCGCUAGAGCGUGAUUAA